AUGAAGUUGAAAGUGGCAAACCCCGCUAAGCUCAAGGCCUUGGUGAAAAAUGGAAAGACCAAGGCCUUGAAGAUGAAGCAAGAGAGUACCAAGGCACUGAUCAAGGUAUUGCCCAAGAGUACUGUCCCAAGGAAUGGCGAGAAGAGAGACUACGAUACGGAUUCUUCCAGCCAAGAUCAUAUGCCACUUCUACCAGACUCCGAGGGAAGUAGUACUACCGAUGAAGAAGAAGAGUCGCACAACAGCAGUGGAGGAGACCACGAAAACUUUGCCCAAUUUAGCACUACUCCUACGAUCACUCUUCAAGAUCAUGAGCUACCCAUUGCCACUCCCAUAAUCGAGUCACCACCAUCGUCGCCACAGACGACAAACAGAAAUUGUCAAAUACAACGAGCAAGAAAGGAGCGCCAAGUUCAAAAAGCAAGACAGGAACGUCAAGUAAAAGAUUUGCAAUCGCCACAAAAGACAAAUUGCAAUCGUGAAAUAGAACGAGCAAGAAGGGAGCGUCAAGCUCAACAAGCAAGGCAGGCACGCCGACAAGUACAACCAGCAAGGCAGGAGCCACCGGCAUCCAUCAAAGUCAAUGUCAAUUCUCAUAGAAGUCGAGCGUUCUAUGCUGCUUCCAAGAAUCCUGAUGCUAAUUCUGUGACGACCAACAAGGAAGGAAUGGCUUUCGAUAUUGCAAAUCUCACAUGCCAAAUGUCACAGUUUCCAUCGGAUAUCUCUGGGGUGUCGGAUGAUGCCGUACUCCCACCCAGCGACGCCAUGGCGGAUGCGAAGCUCGUAUCCAAGACAGCUUUCUUGAAGGCAGUCCAGGUCAGCGGAGCCAUGUUGGAAACGGGCAACACGCUUUGCGUUGCGUCGUAUGAGCAUUCACUAAAAGAAGUAGAUGCUGUUCCUUGCAUCACAAAGGCUCCGGGAUCCAUCGAACAAGGAGCCAAGAUGGAGAUCAUCUCCACCACCUCUCAAACUACUUCUGGUUCGUCUGCUGCUUCAAUCUUGGAAGCACAAGAAGAAGAAGAAGAAGCUGACUAUCCUGAUGAUGAAGGCCCAGUUGUCGUUGUCAAGCCAUUACAGAAGAGUACCGAUCUGAAGAGGGACCGUCGUCGUAAUCGCCGCCACCCGAAAGAAAAGACUCGAGCAAAAGGAAAAAUUGCGGAUCCCAAUGCUGCCGAUGACGAUGAUUUUUUCUUGAUGACUGCUGAAGACGUGGAAGAGAUUACCAAAAUGGCUCGGGAAUUGGCCAAUACGAAUUCUUCAGACGGGGAAGAGGGGGGAACCUUCGGUUGCCACCUAGCCAAGGAUGUUGUGGAAUGGCUUCUUUGCACAAGCAUUCAAGGCGGCGGGCGCCAUACCAUGACUAAAAAGCAGGCCAAGACUUGGUUUGCUGACCAGGACAUGGAGGAUGGUCAAAGCUCAAUGAGAACACCUACGAUGUGGACGGCUGACACAAAGUUCGUUGACGAGGACAUGCCGCCCAGCCCCAAAAGGUCAGUUCGUGACGAAUUGAAGAGUGCCAGUAAAGAAUUUGAAAACAGCGACAACAGCGUCAUCGAAGAGAACGAAGACUCCGAUUCUGACUCUGAUUUUGACGAUGGUGAAGACUUCUACUUUGACGAGCAAAGCAUGACUUCGGCCAACAAAGUGGUCCGUCAAUUCCGUCCUACUGGAUUGAUCUGCACAGAUAAUUUGGCAGUUGUCUAUGGAGGUAACUUAGAACAGUUGGAAGGCACUAUUGAAACUGUGCUGGUGGUGGACGACAAGCAGUAUGAUGAGAACAGUGAUAAGCAAAUGGAUUUGGAACAACAUGACUGCGAAUGUGAUGGCGAUUUGUUGCCAGUGUACGUGCCUUCUUGCCCGGAAGAUGACAUGGAAGAUGUGAUAUGUGCUGAUGGCCCUAUCCCCAAUUUCGACGAGAGGAAGCUCAACUAUGACUACCAGAACUAUCAAAUCGGAAUCAAUUCAGACACUGUUACAGGAACAAUGGAACUUGAUGCCAUUGUAUGCGAGGGCAACGAGGGCGAUGAAAAGUGUUGGGAUACAUUGAGCAACAUUACGCCACUGACCGUCACUUCGCAUCAUACAGCGUUGCAUCGUCGGUUGCAAGAGUUGGAGACGGAGCUGGUGCGACUGCAAGUGGAGUACCAAGACAUUUCUGGGUCAUCUGAUGAAGGAGUGAUGGAAGAAUUCCAAAACGAACCUACCGAUGACUCUUCGAUUGAUGGCCUACCGCAAACUAGCAAUGAUGCAUCGCAAAGUGGUGGUGAUAACAAUUCGGUUCGCAAGAACGCGUUGCAAGCCAAGCUGUCUACAAUGAAAAUGCUUCAGGAAGAGAAGACCAUUUUGGAGAGAAGAGUUCAAGAACUCGUGUCCAUGAUGGAAGCUUCGGAAUUGUGUCACUCGAAGCAAAUGGCAGAAACAAAGAAAGCGUCUGACGCAAAGCUGGAAGAGUUGCGAUACCAUCAAAAGAGCGCCCUCGAUGAAGCGGCAUCGAAGAUUCAGGAGCUCGAGUCCAGCUUGGUUUUCUCGCACACAAAAAUGGCGGAUAUCCGAGCCAAGUACAGCCAUGACUUGGAGGCUGCCAAGAUUUCGCAGUCAAGUGAAUUGGAAGAGAUCCAAAGGCAACAGAAGCCUGCUCUUGAUGCAGCGAAGUCAAAGAUCGAAGAGCUGGAAUCAAGUUUAUAUAAAUCGCAGACGAAGCUGGAGGAACUCAAGGAGAGGUACAGUCGCGACUUGGAAGCUCUGGAGCGAGAACAAAUGUACAAAGCUCGGGAAAGAGACUUGAUUGAGAAUGACCUAAGAUCCAGCCUUAAUGAAGCUGAAUAUAAAGCAGAGAAAGAUCGCGACGAAUCCGAGCGCAUGGUUCGGGAGAUUCGAGACGAGCACACCAAGCAAAUCGAGGAGAUGAUUCAACAGUUGGAUGUUGUGGUGGCCCAACACGAGAAAGAGCAUGCGAAAGAAUUCGAGAAGCUCAUUGCUCAAUUGGAUCUUGUGGUAGCUGAGCAUGAAAAAAAGACUAUGGAAAUGGAUACACUAGUUCAGGAGAAGAAUUCUUUGAUUGCCAAUCUAGGAUCGCAACUUGCCACAGCCCAAAUGCGUCUGAUUCAAAUUGAUGGGUCUUCUUAA